AUGCAGAGGUUGAAUUUCCCCAUUGUGGGAUUAAUAAAAAAGUAAUUAAUAAUUAAAGGUAGAGAGGGACGCCCCUGUUCUGGUAGGGGCUCUGGUGGUCAAUUAUUUCAUUAUUAAUGGGUUUAGGGUUAAUUGACUGAAUGACACUUAAGGACAACAAUCAUGCACAUUCAUAAAAAAUUAUUCGUGUUCAUGACAGGCGUCAUAAUGACAGUGUCAAGUCUGUCAUAUGCACACCCCUUCAAAUAAAGUGUUAGGCUACCUAAUGUUGACGGUUUCCAGUCAGUUUACACGUUAAAUUCUACUCAUAAACUGGGUGAAUAGUGAGUUCAAUGUUUAUCUUCGACGACAUUCUUGUUUAUAAUUGACUGCAGUUCAAAUGAAUCACUCACUCUCACUCACUGAAGCAUCAAAUCCUCUCCACUCUGUGGGACUUUGUCCUCAGCCUCAGCAUCAAGUGUCCGCACGUCUCGCGAUGAAACGCGAUAGUUCUGUGCUGACCGCAAAGUUAUAAUCACAGCAGCAGCUCAGCGACAGCAGCAGCAACAACAGCAGCAAUGGCCGCUUUCCGCAGAGUGGCAGCGCUGGCCGGUAAGCUAAACCUCUGGUCGGCGGCGAGAAACGAGCUCGUCGGUGGUCAGAUGGUCAGUGCAGGAAGGACACGGAGGUGUCUGGCCGUCGGGAUGUGUCUUGCAUCGGGAAGCGCCGUGGCGCUUUACUUCUACAACGAUGUGAGGAGCGACAGAGCCAGGAAGAGGAUGGGGAGUCACAGCAUCAACGGGCUGCUGCCGUCCAUCCCGACUGUUGAAGCUAAAGAGAAGGCACGUCCGUUUGACUUUGAGGACGGAGAUGUGUACAUGUCGUCCCAUGAGCAUCGUUUUCGGAUGUUCAGCUCUGUGGAGUAUGAAGGCCAGCUGUACAUGACUCCGCAGAAUUUCAUCGAAUCAGUCACCAUGAGUGAACCCAGAAACAAGAGGCCCUGGAGGUCCCUGGCCAAACAGGAGCUGGAGAAGAUUUUAACAGAAACUCCUCCAGUGUGGCGAGGAUCCUCCAAACUGUUUCGCAACCUGAGAGAACGAGGCAUCAUCUCAUACACAGAGUACCUGUUCCUGCUCUGCAUCCUGACAAAGCCCCAUGCUGGCUUUAAGAUUGCUUUCAAUAUGUUUGAUGCAGACGGCAACCAGAUGGUGGACAAGAGGGAGUUCUUGGUGCUUCAGGAAAUCUUCCGAAAGAAAAAUGAGAAGAGAGGCAGAAAAGGAGAUGCUGAGAAGUCAGCACAGUUGAGUAUGCAGCUCUAUGGAUAUCAGGUUGCCCCCAUGAACAGCGUGCUAAAAAAAGACAGUCAGGAGUUUGUGGCGCGGAGUUACUGGGACGUUCUGAGGCGAGGUGCCAGUCAAGUCCUCUUUUCUGACCUGGCAGAGGAUUUUACUCUCGAGCGGGCAGACGAGAGUAUCACCAUUGACACCACCCUAUUGGUCCAUUUCUUUGGGAAGAAAGGGAAGGCAGAGCUUACAUUUGACGACUUCUACAGGUUUAUGGAUAACCUUCAAACGGAGGUGUUGGAAAUUGAGUUUUUGACCUACUCUAAAGGGAUGACCACAAUCAGUGAAGAAGACUUUGCCAAAAUCCUGCUUCGCUUCACCAAUGUGGAAAACAUAAGCGCCUACCUGGAGAAUGUCCGCCAGUGUAUACCUGAUGAGAAGGGAAUCACCUUUGAUGAGUUCAGGUCAUUCUUCCAGUUUCUCAACAACCUCGAGGACUUUGCCAUUGCCAUGCAGAUGUACAAUUUCGCUUCUCGCUCCAUUGGACAAGAUGAAUUUGCACGAGCGGUGUAUGUGGCCACUGGGCUGAAGCUGACACGUCACCUUGUUCACACCAUCUUCAAGAUUUUUGAUGUGGAUCAUGAUGACCAGCUCUCCUACAAGGAGUUCAUUGGCAUAAUGAAGGACCGGCUGCAUAGGGGAGCUAGGGGCUAUAAAUCUGUGGAGCGUGCCACCUCUUUUAGAUCCUGUCUGAAGAAGGAGCUGGCCAGCAGCAGGUGAAGGGCCGACACCACACCUCCUUCUCUGGCUGUGUUCGCUCUGAGGCCAGAAGACAAGUGCACAAGCUGUGGAGGAGAUACACAGAGAAACCGUAGAGGAGCAGAAUGCAGAAAAAAAACAUGAAGGAACAAGUCAGAUGAUGACAUAAACUAAAACUUUUAUAGCCAGUGGCUCAAGUUAACAACACUGGGUUUUCAAGAGCAGAUCUCCUUUGGACCUCCAAAGCAGAUAAUAACUACAAGCAUGUCCGCACAGCUGACUGACGCUCUGUAUGAUGACAAUGAGCAGCAUCACUCCUGUUUUGCAUCUUGUCUCAGUCGUCGUGAUCAGAUGCCAACUAUGACUUACAGUGUAUAAACAAAACAGAAUUACAUUAGAAUAUGAACUUUACUCUUCAAGCAUGGCACCACGACAACAGUCCAACAGUACAACUGCAACUAAUGAUAAUUUCUAUUUUUUGAUAAAUCUACAAUUUUCCGUUUUUAAUUAUGCUAUACAAACAAAUUAAGCAAGUUACAGCACAUUUGAAGUUCUACAAACCAAAUAAUAUUUUCAUGUAAUAAGUUAUGUUUUUAAUUACUUAUCAAAACUAUAAUAUAUGCCUUUUAAGAAUACAUAGCUGAACUGCUGCACUAAAACCUGGAACAACUGGAAGAGCACAACAGUAAUUAAAUAAUAUCUAAUAAUGAUAAUAAUAAUAUAAUAAUAAUAUAUACAAUAAAUGGCAGUCAUGUAAAAUAAUAUAUUAACCUGCAGCAGAACACUGAAAUUGUAGAAUUAGAUGAAGGUUUUGUGAUAUGUUGUAUUCAUCUCUUUUUUUUUUGAAUAAUCUUAUAAUCAAUUUUAUUUGAUCCUAGCCAGCCAGUAUAAUUUUGCUUUUCAUUGCACUAAGAGAAUAAAUAAACUCUAUUGCUACAGUUAGGAUGUUAUAUGUUAUCAUUUUAUUACUACAGCACUGAGGAUGUCUUAGAUCUGGAUGUGACAGCAAAUAACAUGAUAGACAAAGGAAGAGGUUUUUAAUAUUUUGUUAUAUUGGCAUAUUAUUUCCAUAUUUGCCAUGAUUAAAUCCUUAAUGUCUUGAACCUGCUUUGUGUGUUAGUUGCAUGUAUGACAAUAUAUAUGUCUAUAAUAUGACAUAGAUAUCUACAUGGGUGCCUUCUUUCCAUUCCCUUUCUCAUUAAAAAAAUGCCACAUAGGAAACCAGAUUUCAGCACUGUGUAGCUUUGGUCAGUAACACACCUGCAAAAACGUCAAUUACAUUCUAUAUACUAUCUCUGUUUCAUCACCCAGUCUUUAAUGUUGCAAUAUGUUAUGAAUCAUUGAGUAUAACUUUUGUCUUGGUGUGAUAUAUGAAAUAUAUUUUGAAUAUAUUGAGAUGAAGGAAUGAGUGUGCUAAGGUGUUAUCCAUGAUGUAAAUUAUUCUCAUGUUUGCAAUAAUUAUUGUAUUUGUCACCUCAGUGUAUCUGGUGUGAUAAUUUCAUGCAUGAAUAAACUAUUU